AUGAAGGCUGCUAACCGGGUGAAGGUUGCUACCCCCCUGGGUAUGCUGAACGACAUGCUCAAGUGCGACCCUGCGAAGAAACACAGGAACAAAAAGAAAUCACGCGAGCGGCACGGAGAGAGGGAAGUGAACAAGAAGUACCUGAACAGAACAAAGCAGAUUGGCCGGAAGUACAUCGAGCAGGUGAUGAGCGAGUGUGUCACAGACGACAUUACAAAUGAAUGGGAAAACUACCCCAAAGGAGGAAUGUCAAAUGGAAUGAAAUCUUCCCCCAUUAUGCGGAAGGAAAAAAAAGAUAUCGAAUUCACCCCUGUGUGUAACGUAGAAAUAGACCCUGUGGAGUGCAAGGUGAAGGGAAAAAAUUUGUAUGAAGGCACAGCGGGCGUACUGAACGAAGUGGUAAUCGAGACGGUUAGCAAAACAGGGGAAUGCAUUUACGUGGAAAACUACACAUUUGAAGCGUAUGUGAAGGAAAGGGAAAAGGUGGACCAACUGAAUUAUCAGAGGGAGUACAAACAAGAGGAUAGCCGAUACGACUUGUACAUACGAAGCAGUUUAUACAACCAAUUCCACAGAGAAAAACAUCAGACGCUAAUCAAGUCGGAUCAUAAUAGGUAUAAUAUUAAUGCUAACUUUGCAAAUUACAAACAUGUGGGUUGUGAAGAGGGGGAGGCGUGUCAUUGGGGAAUAACUAAAAGAGAUGGAGGACCCCUUAUCGUUGGUGUUAGUCAAGGGAUGGUGCAACGUGGCUUUCCCUGUCGUUCCCCUAAUAGGCAUAGCGGUAGAAAUCAACGGGGGGCAAACACUUUCAUAGAAGGAUCAUCCCCCCAUGCAAACAACAACACUGAGAAUGAAACAAUGAGAGAAGGAUACAUGUUCGAGUCGGAGAUGUACGAUAGGGAAAACAUUAAACUGGUAGAAAAUAGUCUAAAGUGCAACAUUAGGGAUUUGAAAAAUGGGACCUACGUGGUGACAUAUAACUUGGGAAGGUGUGGCUACUAUUACUUGUCUAUUUUUUGCAAAAAAAAAAUUGUUGGGAAUUCCCCCUACCUCAUUUGCAUAAAGCCGAACGUGGCGUAUGCCCCCAAUUGUGUGGUGUACAAGAGGGUGAACGGGGAGAUGGUCUUCCCGACGGUGAACACAGGGGCAAGAAGAAAAGAGCGGAAAUUACGCACACGCGAACGGUUCAACCGAAUCUAUAACGAUUCGCUGUGUGCAAACUCGUUCGAAUUAGCCCACUCCAAUAUUAGCGAAUCGGACGCUGGUAGCAGUAGUGACAGCGAGGGGCAGGGCCAUGUGCAAGACGAUGAGAACGAUGAUGACUAUGGUGAUGAUGAUGACGACCCCCCUAUGCACAUUCUGAAAUACGACGUUGCCCACCCUGGCCUGGACGAUGAGACGCAGAAGCAGUUUGGUAAUUUCUUCAUCCAGAGUUACGACGCUUACAGGAACGCCAUCUGCGAAGGAGGGGACUCGUUUGAGGCGCACGCGCUUGGAGGGGUUAAAAUUGUUAGGGUGAACGAUCUGCAGAAUGGCUCAUACGAAGUUAUAUACUCCUACGUAAGGUCAACAAAUGCGGCAGAGGAAGAGGAAGGUCCCAUCCCAUACAGACAAAUAAACGUAACGCUAAACGGAUGUCACGUGAAAGGCUCUCCCUUCAGAAUUGUCCACAAGAAGGACAAGCAAAUGGGCUACUUACAAAGAAUAAAAAAUUUACUACCCAUAGAGGAAAUCAACCCGGUGGACCCUCUGAGCAGUCUGAACAGAAUAAUGCAAUCUUACCGAUACGUGAAGGAGAACUACCUGGAUGAGAAGGAAAAAAGGCAUUUCAUACAAUUGAGUCCGUACUACAAGCAGGAAGAAUUGAACAGAUUGCUUCGCAAAGUGGACCCCAAUCUCGUGUCCCUCAUGUCGAUACCGUUACGACAGCAACUACUUAACCAUGUGAUGCAUAUGAAUAACGACAGCAAAAUGGUAAAGUUGAAACAGGUCCUCUUUAAAGAACUUUUCAUAACCCUGGGUAGUAUGGUGAACUGCGCAAAUAGCUACUUUGAUGACAUGGAAAGGGACAAGGUCAGCCUUCUACACGACAGACGCAUACAAGAUGUGAGCAUCCGAGAAGCUAAUGCCAUGUAUGAAUCUCUGAAGGAGAAGAAAAUCCACUCGUUGCCUUUCGAUUUUUCCAUUAAGGAUAUGAAAGAGUAUGAGGGGAAGUUGGUUCUUAAGAAGAAGGAGCUGUUGGAAAAACAGACUAAGCUGAUAAGCAGAUACAACACUAUAAAAUCCAAGGAGAAGAAAUUUUACGAGGACAGGCAAGAAAUCACAAACCAACUGACCCAGAAGUAUGAACUGCAUCAGGCCAUAUAUGAGCAUUCGAAUAAGGCUCUUAUUCACACAAAUAGCGCCUUGAAGAAAAUCACAAUCAGCAAUAUAAAGCGGAACUGCUCCGCGGAGCGCCGUAUGCUUGGCGGCAAGGUGGGCCCUGAUGCGGCCACGGCAGGGUUGAAGCGGCUACUAUACGAGCAACCGAAGGAGGGACUACACAAAGGGAUGCAAAAGAUGAAGAGGAAAUUUAGUUUGCCUGGGUUGCUGGGCUUGCCCGAUUGGCCCAGCCUGAGCCGCCUCCCAAUUCGCUGCUUUUCCACGGGGAGACCUGUGGACUACUCCCUGUACCUAGUAACGGAUGACAAAUUUUUCACCGAUAAGGAGAAUGUGUGCAGCACGCUGAUUGGAAAAGUGAGGGAAGGCGUUCUUGGCGGAGUGGGCUUAGUGCAGCUGCGGCUGAAGAAGGCAGAUGACAGAUAUUUUUACAACGCAGCCGUAAGGAUGAAGCACCUGCUAGGUAGAUACAAAGUCCCACUAGUAAUAAACAACAGAGUAGAUAUCUGCUUAAGUGUAGACGCUGAUGGAGUGCAUGUGGGCAGAACAGAUCUCCCUAUUAAGGUCGCCAGGGACAUCCUAGGAGAAGAAAAAAUCAUCGGGGCAACCAUAAAUUUUAGCAAUGACGAGGAUAUUCAGAUGGCCCUGAACAGCCAUGUGGAUUACAUAGCGCAUGAACACACAUUAUAUGAAUCCACGACGAAACAAAUUGCAGCUUCGCACCACGAGGGGAUAAAGCAACAAAUACGCAUGCUACUGUGUAGGAUAAAGCAUCUACAAGAGAGGGGGAAAAUUCAAAAGCCAACUGUAGACUCGGAUGUUCCACCUAUUAUACUCAUUGGAGGCAUUAACACGAACAACAUUGAGGAAACUAUGACCCACUUUUGUGACUCCUGUGAAGGGGUUGCAGUUGUGUCGAAUCUGAUUGGUGAGAAGUGCAACUCCUUUUUCAACUCACUAAGGUUAAGGUUUGUAAUGGACAAACAUAAAAAAGGUUACAGCGACGCGUAUAUGAAUCUGUGCGUGAGCUGUUUGCGCCAUUUUUUUUGGACCAACUUAGAGGGGGACAUGAAGGGGGUACACACGAGUUGGGUGGUGGGGGAACCACCCGUGGAGACACCACAGAGGGAGACAAAAGGAAGCAACUUUCAAUUAGCUACAAAUAUGGACGUCAAAAAAAACGUUCUCCACUUUUUUGAAAAUAAUCUUAAUUUGAAAAUCGUGCAAUUAAAUCAGCCCGUUGUGUGCAGUUCCGCUGGGGGGGUUAAUUUUUUCCUGUUUUGUUCGAGGCGCACGGGUGUAGCGCCACCAGCGGGGGAGGGUUGUUACCUCCACGGUGAAGGCGAAGGAAUGCCCAUUCCGCACGACCCAUGUGUAAGCAAGUGGAUUCAUCAAAAUAAAAAAAUUACAAACGGGGUCUUCAUUCUUAUAGGCGAGGAAUUCUUAACCCUGUUCCAAAAAUUUUUGCCGCCUGAAUUUUUCCACAGGAACAAUUUUGUUGUUAUCACGAAGAGGGAACAAAGCGGCUGGGAGACGCUGCGGUGUGAAGUGCGCAACGCUUCCAUACAGUUCAGUAACAAUUUAAUGAAUGUCGCGUUGAAGGAUAUCCACGUGGACAGUGAAGCAGUUGACCGCUUUGCCAUUUUGUUUGCAUAUUUUUUAAUGGUACAGGAGAAGAUGAAAGAGGUAUGGCGGUCCCAGUUUUUAACCCAAAUUGUGGGGGGGGGAGAAGCAAAGGCUGACGCAGGGGAAGAAAGAAAGCUUCUCAAAUUAGCCGCUGCAGUGAACAUGUCGUUCGAGGUGCUUUCAAAUGAGCACACGGGGUUGGCCUUCUCUACGUAG